UCGGAGUUUACUUGUCACUCCUGUCAAUCCUUGAGAAACAAGUGAUAUGUGAAUGGACAAAAGAACAACGUAGUUUUCCCAAUAAUUCGUGUUGUUGUUUGACAUUUAAAGUAUUGUUUCAUUGUCUCUUGAAUAAAGUAGUUGAACGGAGGAGAGAAGAUGCUGGAACUUGAAGUAGUGCCCGAGAGAUCCCUUGGAUGUGAACAAUGGGAAUUUAUUUUAGGCAUGCAUUUUUCUCAAUCAGUCUCAAUAAUUCAGUCUCAAGUUGGUGUUAUAAGAGGAGUACAAGUACUUUAUAGCGACAGUAAUCCAUUAGAUGUGGACCUAGUAAUAAAUUUACCUCACGAUGGUAUUCGACUUAUAUUCGAUCCUGUUGUACAAAGGCUAAAGAUCAUCGAAAUUUAUAACAUGAAACUAGUAAAAUUAAAAUAUUGCGGCUUGCCGUUUAAUUCGCCAGAGGUGUUACCUUCGAUCGAACAGAUAGAGCAUUCGUUUGGAGCAACUCAUCCCGGCGUUUAUGACAGUGAGAAGCAGGUAUUUGUACUGAAUUUCCGAGGAUUGUCGUUUUACUUUCCAAUCGACUCGAAAUUCCAACCUGGAUAUGCCCACGGAUUAGGCUCGUUGCAAUUUCCUAAUGGGACUUCUCCUCUGGUCGCGAAAACGGCAAUUUACGUUGGAAACAUGCCAGCCGGUGGAAAUAGCGAGGAACAUGGUUCCAAGACAUCGCCACCACCUUUGCCACUUGUCUGUUAUCAUAAUAACUUGUACUUGGAGAAAGCUGAUAUCAUUAGAGACAAGACACGUACUCGAGGACUUAGAUUGUACCUUUUCACGGAAGGUAGUUCUGGAACGAGAGCCCUGUUAGAGCCAAAGAAACGAUGUCUGACUAAAGAGGUAUUAUUUGGCGAUACUUGUGAGGAUGUUUUAAGUGCACUCGGUGCUCCGUCAAGAGUAUUCUAUAAAGCUGAGGAUAAAAUGCGUAUUCAUAGUCCACAUGCGCACAAACGAGACAAAAUAAGACGGUCAGACUUUUUCUAUAAUUAUUUUACUUUAGGCCUGGAUAUCUUAUUCAAUGCAAAAACUCAAUGCAUCAAGAAAUUUGUACUUCACACAAAUUAUCCAGGACAUUAUAACUUUAAUAUGUAUCAUCGUUGUGAAUUUUCGUUAACUCUGCCCCCUGAAAAUAAUCCCAUAGAAUCGGGAAAGCUGAUCGACGUUUCUCCCUCUCCAGUUACGAUCACUGCCUAUACAAAAUGGGAUAGAGUGAGCGAGCAAUUAAAGGCAAGUGCCCGUCCUGUAGUACUGAAUCGUGCAUCAUCAACAAACACUACCAAUCCGUUUGGCUGUACGUUUUGUUAUGGCAUACGAGACGCAAUUGUUGAAGUUAUGGCAAACCAACAUAUCGCGAGUGUAACUUUAUAUAAAACAGCAUGACCUUGAUAAUCUACAUGCUAUAACGCUAUACUUAAUGUAAUUUAUGACAAACGGUUAGAAAUAAUAAAAACGCUUUAGCUAUA